UACGGCAGUGUUUGUGAAUUUGAAGCUCCCACCCUGUCAGAAGCUGACCUCUUUCUCACAAUGACAGUUUCCUGCAGGCUGGUAGAGAGGGACCGGCCGCCCUUACAGCAAGAUGUGCGGAAGGGGAGCCAGAUUAUCUGAGUUUAGUUGAUCGGCGUGCUGUGGACUUGGCUGGGAGACAGAGUGUUGUUCAUGUCGCAGGCGUAUACCGUCGGGAAAUGAGUGACAGGAUGGAGAGUUUGGCUGGACCCGAUGUCAGGACAAAUGGACCCGCUGCGCCCAGCAUUCCGGUGAGCUCCACCAUAGGCCCACCUCUGUCCCCUGUGGAGCUGGAUGAAGAGUCACACUCGUCUUUGACAGAUGUCACCCAAAUAUGGAUGAAAUUUGGCAAGACUUUUGCUAUCAUCUUCCCGAUCUACGUCUUGGGAUACUUUGAGUUUAGCUUUAGUUGGGUUCUGAUUGGACUUGCGGUGUUGUUCUACUGGAGGAAAAACCAUGGCAAUAAGGACUACAGGAUAAACCAUGCUUUAUCAUUCCUGGAGCAUGAAGAAAAAGCAGUAAGGCAAAGUGUGCCUACUUCGGAGCUACCACCAUGGGUCCAUUAUCCAGAUGUGGAGAGAGUGGAGUGGCUGAAUAAGACGGUGAAGCAGAUGUGGCCGUUUAUCUGCCAGUUUGUGGACAAGCUGUUCCGAGAGACCAUCGAGCCGGCUGUGAAGGGUGCCAACCCUCAUCUCAGCUCUUUCUGCUUCACCAAGAUCGACAUGGGCGACAAGCCGCUGAGAGUGAACGGGGUGAAGGUUUACACAGAGAAUGUGGACAAGAGGCAGGUUAUCAUGGACCUGGAGAUAAGUUUUGUCGGGAAUACAGAGAUCGAUGUGGACAUCAAGAAAUACUAUUGCAGAGCUGGAAUUAAAAGUAUACAGCUUCAUGGAACAAUGAGAGUGGUGAUGGAACCUCUGCUGGGGGACAUGCCUUUAAUCGGAGCACUGUCCGUCUUUUUCCUCAAGAAACCAUUGCUGGACAUCAAUUGGACGGGACUCACAAACAUGCUGGACAUUCCUGGUGUCAAUGGUUUGUGUGAUAACAUCAUCCAGGACAUCAUCUACAGCUUUGUGGUCCUGCCCAACCGCAUCACCAUCCCUCUGGUGGGAGAGGCAGCGCUGGCCCAGCUACGCUUCCCUGUGCCCAAGGCCAUCCUGAGAAUCCACUUCAUCGAGGCUCAGGACCUGAUUGGUAAAGACAGGUUCCUAGGAGGGCUGAUCAAAGGCAAGUCAGACCCGUAUGGAGUCAUCCAGGUCGGGACCCAACUCUUCAAGAGCAAAGUCAUCAACGACACCGUCAACCCAAAGUGGAAUGAAGUGUACGAGGCCUUGAUGUACGAUCACUCGGGACAGAAUCUGGAUAUUGAGCUGUUUGAUGAAGACACUGAUAAAGAUGACUUUCUGGGAAGUGUGAUGAUCGACUUGGCCGAGAUCAAGAAGGAACAAAAAGUUGAUAUGUGGUGUGAUAUGGAAGAAGUGGCGACAGGGAAGCUGCACCUCAAACUGGAGUGGUUAUCUCUGCUGUCCACACCUGACAAGCUGGACCAGGCUCUGAUGAGCAUAAAAGCCGAUCGUGGUCAAGCCAAUGACGGCCUGUCGUCUGCGGUGCUUGUUGUCUUCCUGGAUUCAGCCAGAAACCUGCCGAGCGUCUUCGAGGGGAACUUGGGCUCUGGCUACUUAAAAGAGAGGCGGGCGGCAGGCCUCGUGUUUUGCGAGAACACUGCCUCUCUCUAUAGGACCUUAUUUCGCAAUCCGUUAGAGUUCAACCAAGCGGGGCUGAAGAAGGCCUCGGUCACAAAGGCCAUCAAGUCUGGUAAGAAGGUGACCAGCGUUCCAAAUCCCUUUGUCCAGUUCACAGUGGGACACAAGUCCUACGAGAGCAAGACUAGAUAUAAAACCAAUGAACCUGUGUGGGAGGAAGCAUUUACAUUCCUCAUCCACAACCCCAAAAGCCAAGAAUUGGGGGUUGAGGUGAAGGAUGAAAAGCACGAGUGUUCUUUGGGGACGUUAUCACUGCCUUUGAGUCGUCUGCUGGAGGCAAAAGACAUGACGUUGACCCAGCGCUUCCCUCUAAAGAACUCUGGACCAAGCUGCACCUUGAAAAUGAAAAUGGCUCUGCGGGUGUUGUGCUUGGAUAAGAACACUCCCUCAUCCUCAGACUCCACCCCAUCCUCCGUAGAGGUCCAAAAGAACAGCUCCUCCAACCAAACCCCACGGCCCACCAUCUCUUCUGAUCCUGUGCCUUCCUCCUCCACAUCCGCCAUCCCAUCAGUGUCGGCCCAGGACCUGCUCAACCGGCGUAGGGAGACCGACGAUCCCUUUAGGUCUCCGGGAAGCACAGACUUGGGGCUGGGUGGAGGAAGAGGAGGUGGUCGGGGUCUAGCAGAGACCGGAAGGAGCACCUCCAACCUGGCUAUCUCUGGGUCCCAACAGUACCUGGUUGGAGGCAAAGAGCCAACGCCCAGCAUCGCCUCGGACAUCUCCAACCCCUUUGCUGCUCAGGAGCUGCAGCAGAGACUCCAGCAGCUUCAAAAUGGUUCAGGCCUGAGUCCUUCCCAGCUGGGUGAGAUCCAGCUGACAGUCCGACACAGCUCUCAGAGGAACAAACUCAUCGUGGUCGUUCACGGCUGCAGAAACCUAAUAGCGUUCACUGAUCACGGCUCAGAUCCUUACGUCCGCCUCUACCUGCUUCCUGACAAACGGCGGUCAGGCAGAAGGAAAACUCACACGGUCAAGAAAACCCUCAACCCAGUAUACGAUCAGACGUUUGAUUUCAGUGUCUCCCUUGUGGAGAUCCACAGACGGACUCUGGAUGUCGCAGUGAAGAAUGGUGGAGGCCUGCUCUCUAAACACAAAGGCCUUCUGGGAAAGGUUCUGGUGGAUUUGAGCCAUGAGGACAUCGCUAAGGGUUGGACACAAUGGUAUGAGCUGAGUGAAGAUGGCCUGAUGAAGCCUCAGCAACUAUAGACGGCAACAUCAUAAUCAUCAUCAUCAUUAUUAUUAUUAUUACUACCAUCACAUUACCACAUUUAAGUUUACAGUAUGGCUUUUAUGUUUCCAUUAUUCUAUGUGUACAAAAAGAAAUAGAACAGCAGCUUUUGACACUCAUUUAAUCACAUCAGUCGCAAGGCAAACCUACCCUUUAAGAAGUUAAAGGCUGAUAGACUAAAGGGAGUUUAGGAAAUGUAAAAUACUGUUUAAGUCUAUAUUUCAUAUUAAUAGGAGAAAGUAUAGCAGCUUUAGAUGAAGACAAUCAUUUUUUUGUCGUCGUAUCAGUUUCCUGCCUGAAGCACAACGAUGUACAAGAUUGUAAAUAUAAAACCGAGGGCACCUUCUCCAGAUAACAGAGAGCUGUGGUCUCUUAUUUUCCAUUUUAUUUUAUUUUAUUAAUUCAUUUUUUUUUAUGAAAAACAUUCUGGACAAUGACUCUGAAGCAGAACAGACAGAGACGCGGUGUAUUUAACAUUUCACCCCCGUUGGUUUUGCUACUGCAGCUUUACUUUGCUUUAUUCCACCGUAAUAAUGUGUGUAAUAACAAAGUGAAAAGAACUAUUAAUAUGGUUUUAAAUCCGAUCCAGGUACCAAUUUUUUCAGUUCUUUUCUGUCUGUUAAUACACUUUUUAUGCUGAAACAAGGCCGUUGUUAAGUGUAACCUGUUUAGUUUUUUUAAACUGAAUAUAUUUGCACAUCUGUAUGUUUUUAUCUGUUGGGGAUUAUUUUUACUUUAGGUGUAAUUUAAACGUUGCCUAAAUUCCUCUUGAUUCAACAUGAUUAAACAUUGAAACAUUAAAGUGUCAAGUCUUAAAAUAAUAUAAAUAACCUUUUUUCAAGGAGUUGUGGUUUAAAGUGUUCCUUGGUGAGCUUGAGAGGUGGAUUUGACUUUAACAUUGCUAUGUUGAGCUAAGAUAAUCAAUUGCAGCUCACUUUAUUUAUGUUGAACUAUUCCUUUAGGUUAUUCAAGCGGUAUUAUAGCACCAACUGCAAGACCCGCCCUUCUACAGCAUUUGCGCACUAUGAUUGGCCAGGUGUCCAUGCUUGCUCGAGGCUAUCCUAAUCUUGACUACUCGAGGUUAAUGCCCAAGCCCAACCUGCUGCGUAGCGACCCAUAUUAACACCUGUUCAUAUGUCAAAUCUUGGCUUGAAAAGUUGACUCCAAAAAUUAGACAUUAGGUGUAAAUGGGCUGUGUAAAUGGGCUUGUUUGUGUUCAUUUCUGCUCCAUUCAUUCUGAGUAUGAAUCAUCAUUAGUCUUAACUUUUUAUGUAACACGUUGAAACUAUGAGUAGUCUGAAGCAGACACAGACUGCUGUUGAAAAGGACAUUUCCCUUUUAGUUGUUAUGGUUACAUACACACUUGUUUCACGCACAUUAAGCACCACUUUGCUUUGAAGGGCUUGUUUAAAGGGAUGAUAUCAGUAACCACUACAUAGAAAACAGACUCCUUCAUAUCAAGCACAUUAAAUAAAUACAUAUGUUGUCUAUGUGGCCCUUCGAAGCCAAAGAGCAGCGAUACAGAGAAUGCUAGUGUGACCUUUGACCUUCAAAACACAAAUACAGAUCUCUGUGAGCCUCAAGAAAGUAUUAUACACAUAUGUAUGUAAACUGUUAAUUUUUUGUUAACUUUUAAUGUUUUUUAUUUGGGUUUUGCAGCUGUCUCUCUCUUUGUCUUGUGUUUUAUUGAGUAAGAAUCCCACUGUGGAUUGGAGAGCUUCUCUGGAUGCCGGCUUCUUGUCUCUGCCAUGUUAAUUUAUCUUGUGCCUUGAGAUUCACAUGACCAUGUAUAAAAAGAACCAAGAAAAUGCUCCAACAGUUUCCUAUGUUUCUGAAUGUCUCCUAAAUGCCUUUUAUCAAACAAAUAAAGAGCUCUGGCUAUAGCAGCAUGAAGCUGUGCAGCACUGUG